GGAGGACCACGAACACACCGAGUUUGGCUCAGCACUUUCUCUCCCGAAAGGCGGGCGGAGCCGAAAACCAAACAAACGUCUUCUUAGAGCUUGGGGGCGGGGCAGGCGGGAGCAGACGGGGCCUCCAGAGCCGAAGCCUUCGCGGAGUUGGUUUUUCGGUUGCUGGUCGUUGUGGCCGAGAGGUCUGAGGUCGGGCUGAGACGUGGGGAGCAAUGGCGACCUUUGUGAGCGAGCUGGAGGCGGCCAAGAAGAACUUGAGCGAGGCCCUGGGGGACAACGUGAAACAAUACUGGGCUAACUUAAAGUUGUGGUUCAAGCAGAAGAUCAGCAAAGAAGAGUUUGACCUUGAAGCUCAUAGACUUCUCACACAGGAUAAUGUCCAUUCUCACAACGAUUUCCUCCUGGCUAUUCUCACGCGUUGUCAGAUUUUGGUGUCUACACCAGAGGGUGCUGGAUCUUUACCCUGGACAGGGGGUUCUGCAGCCAAACCUGGAAAACCAAAGGGAAAGAAAAAGCUUUCUUCUGUUCGUCAGAAAUUUGAUCAUAGAUUCCAGCCUCAAAAUCCUCUCUCGGGAGCCCAGCAGUUUGUGGCCAAGGAUCCCCAAGAUGAUGAUGACUUGAAACUUUGUUCCCAUACAAUGAUGCUUCCCACCCGGGGUCAGCUUGAAGGGAGAAUGAUAGUGACUGCUUACGAGCAUGGGCUGGACAACGUCACCGAGGAGGCUGUCUCAGCUGUGGUCUAUGCGGUGGAGAAUCACCUUAAAGAUAUACUGACAUCAGUUGUGUCAAGAAGGAAAGCUUAUCGACUACGUGAUGGUCACUUUAAAUAUGCCUUUGGUAGUAAUGUGACCCCACAACCAUACCUGAAGAAUAGUGUAGUAGCUUACAACAACUUAAUAGAAAGCCCUCCAGCCUUUUCUGCUGCUUGUGCUGGCCAGAAUCCAGCGUCUCACCUGCCCCCUGACGACGCUGAGCAGCAGGCUGCACUCCUGCUGGCGUGCUCGGGGGACACGCUGCCCACAUCUUUGCCUCCAGUGAACAUGUACGACCUUUUUGAAGCUUUGCAGGUACACAGGGAAGUCAUUCCUACACACACUGUAUAUGCUCUCAACAUUGAAAGGAUCAUUAUGAAACUCUGGCAUCCAAAUCAUGAAGAGCUGCAGCAAGACAAAGUCCACUGCCAGCGCUUGGCAGCCAAGGAGGGGCUUUUGCUCUGCUGAAUUAGGAUUUGAGGGUGUGGGGCCCUCAGCAAAUUCAUUGAUUAUUGGGAAUUGAAUGUUUUGGGGGUCCACAUUUCAAGACUGAAGUGUGUAGAGUAAAUACAACCUUUCCUAUGGAAAUGUGAUAGUACAUUUUGUGUUGCUACUGUGAAGCCAUUAACAAAUCUGAUUUUAAUAAUGACCCAUAUCUCUGUAUGUAUGUGUGUGUGUGUUCCCAGUUAUGGGAAUAGGCACUGAGAAAGUUCUGUGCCUGGAAUGGUGCUGUUUAGGCAUCUGAGGCCUAGUAUCCUGUGGUCUGCAUGUGAGGUAGGUGACAUUCUAGAACAAAGAAGCUGUUAUAACUUAGUCCCCACGAUCAGCAGGACAUCUGUGUGUUUAGAGAUGUCACAUAGUCUGUAUCUGGCAAGUCUAAAAUUUCUGCUUUUCUCCUGAAGAAAGAACUGUGCUUUUAACACAGUGUUAAAAAUUGGUUAUCAUUUUUAGUGACCAGUUUUAUAUAUAUAUAUAUAUAUAUAUA